UAAAAUUUGCAUGGUGGUUGGUGGUGGGUGCUUCUUCAAUUCGCAUUCGAUUACGAGAAGAAAGCUGAGGAGAGUGGCAUUUUUGUUAGACAACGGGAAAUUUGGAAAACAGACUCUGAAGAUGAACGUCUUCUGAUUUGAUGGGUGUUUUUCUAAACGAUGGUAUUCCAUAGUUCCACGUAUGCCAAGAGUUACUUUAAUGUCCAGACCAUCUUUUGAUUUUACCAUUUUAUUAUACCAAAUACACGGCAAGUACUGUGUCAGUGGAAACCGUUCUCGGGCCAUUCUGUUUUUGAUCUUCAUCUUGCCAUCUGUUGUCAAGUCUUUUUUACCAAGAUCGAUGAUUCCAGAAAUAUAAUGUGGUUGAUUCAGAUUUUGAUGCUCGUCUGUUUCAAACUAAUUUGGAUGCACUAGGAAUGUGGUCGUAUAAAAGUCAAGUUUAUUUGGAUCAAUGCAAUGAGCUGAAAACAUUGUUGUUAUCAAGUCUGACUGAAAGCUGCUGAUACUGUAGGCAAAUCACAGUCAACAGGUGUUAAUACCAACUUUUUUUGAAUGCUAGUACAGCGUAAUCGCCAUCAUGAGUGAUUGUUUGAAAGAUGAGAUGUCCGAAUUUGUUGAUUCUUCUGAGAGAAUAGAAGAUCUGCAUCAAAUAGCUUGCCGACAAAAUGUACAUAUAACCUUGUUCUGUGGAGGACCAUUCAGUGGCAAACAUCGCUGUGGACGAGAAUUUGCACGAAAGCUUGCAGGAACAGCGAACCCUUCUUACUGCUUGCAGAUAGAUUUGCCAUUCAGGUUAAAAUACUCUCCAGAGGAGUCAAUUGAAAUCAGUAUGAUUAAAUUUGUGGUAAAAGAGAUGAAGAAGAAUGAACUUUUUGAAAAGGAUAUUGACGAGAUUUGUCAAAAUAACUUUAAUCCUGAAGUCUUUUUGGACUUUUUCUCAAAAAAGAAACAAAAAUGUAGUAAAUUCAUAUUUGUAUUUGAUGAUGCUGACAUUGUUGUCAUGAAGAAUAAGCAGGAUGGUUUCUUGACUACCUUGAAAACAUGGACUGAAAAAUGCAAAAAUGUGUUUGUGGUUUUGACAACCCAAUUCCAAUUCAAACUAUAUAGAGACUGCUUGACAUAUGAUUGUAAACCAUUGGAAACAGAGGAUGCAGUCAUUUUCUUGAAAAAUGAAAUAAAACGUAUUAAUUUAUCACCAUCUUUAAAUAUUGAAGUUCCAACUUUAGAAGAAUGCACAAAACUUGUAGAAUUAGUGUAUUGUUGGCCAUUCCUUGUAAUGGUUGUUGCACAUGAACUAGAAGAUUACUCAGCAAAUGAAAUAAUAGAGCUGCUAACAACUACUCCUCUACUGACCCUUAGUAAUGAAGCUGCUUCCCAGAUGGAUCAACUGGACUAUAAGCUAGAACACAUGUUGAAGCUACUGUCGGAUAAAUUGAAGAAGGAGACCUCCUUUUUUGCCCCGGAUGUUAAACAAUUUUUCACUGUUGAUGAAGUGAUCAAGGUAUCUCAGUAUAAAAGUAUUACUGAAGCCAAGCAAACAUUGAAACCACUUAGGAUAAGAUCAAUUGUCAGAAAAACAGAUGGUGUUAACGAGUAUGCCUUCAUAGAUUUUAUGAAGGUUCAUAUUGAUGAUAAUGCUCUUGACAACUUCCAACCAUCAACAUUCAAGAACACGUUUGUCAGAAUGAUAGGUGAACUUGUGUUACAAUUUUUAAGAAAUACUGUGAAAUGUAAUGAUGAGGAAAGGAAAAGUAGACAACAGGCAGCAACAGAACUCAAAGCAAUGUUGGACCAAAUGGAAGAGUUUGUUAAUAAGGCUAAGCACUCUGAACAUGAAGACUUGAAAGACUGUGACUUUGAGAAAGUUAUUGAGGCUGCUGAAACAUUCCUUUAUAGAGCUACAAGACAAAAUGAUCCAGAGUUUAGAAAGAAAGCAGAUGAGGCUAAAAAAGUGUUUGGCAAAGACACACAAAGACGAGAUUCUAAUGAAAGUGGCACUUUUAGUGGAGAAGAGGAGGAACGUGUUGCCACAGUAACACCAGUUUUUGAAUGUGAGCAUAAUGAUGCUCAAGCAAGUGUACCUGGUUCUGUGGGACCAUGUUCUCUAACAUCAAAUGCUGACAUUGAAAAUGUUCCGAAUCCUCUUUUGCUUCAACAAAUAGGUGGUUAUCAACAACAACAAUCCCGCUCUUCACACGGACCACAGGUGUCAACUGCUCUAUUUAGACAAGAUGUAGAUGCCUUGAUAAACAUUUCACAGGAAACAUCAAUUGGAAAUAGUAGAGAAGGACAUGUUGUACCAUCUGGAUACAACUCCAUUCCUUUGAAGGAGACCAUAACUAGACAUUAAUUAUAAAUACACUUUAAAAGAAUAUCUAUAUAUUUUUAUUAUACCAUCAUCCUUAUACAAAGCAUCUGAAAUAUUGUAUAGUUGUCUCCGAAUAUAUUAAGAAACAGUAUAGCAUUGUUAAAUAUCAGUAAUAUAUAAGAUCAGGGGCCCCGCUCCCCCUCCCCCUUUGGAAAGUUGAAAAAAGGAAGAAAAAAAGAAAUAAUUGAUCACGCGAAACAUCGGGCAAGAAAACACAAAUUUCACGGAAAGCCCCCGGACUCUUUGGUGUGCUGGUGUUUCUAUCAGCCCCACUUUCAGACAUCUCUAGAUCUGCCCCUAAAGGAUCAUUAUAUAUAAGAAUUGCUAUAAUUAUGCUUAUUUUGAAUGAUUUGUUCACAUUUACAGUACUGGACAAUAUAUUGUAAUAGUGAAACCCUCCCUUUUGAGAGAUGAACAUGUUCUUUAUAGAGGAAGUGGGGGAAUGUCCAUUCUUUUCUUAUCUUUUCUCUCUCUCUUUUUCGGUGGUGUGCCGAACACCUAUGGGCCCCACUCCCCUUUGUAUAAUAGGCACAGUUUUUGAAAUAAGUUCAUUUAGUUUAUAGUUUACAAGCAAGUGUAAGAUUGAAAGUAAAACAUGUUUAACUGUAAACUUUUUUAAAACAUGAAAGAUCUAUUGUAAUUAAAGCAUGGUUAUGUUAUUGCAAACAAACCAGUCAUUAUGCAGCGUGUAAAUAGCGUACAUAUAGAUUGUAGAUGCUGCACUCAUUGCUAAAAUUAUUAUAUAUUACUAUGAAAGUGUAUUGCACAGCAUGGACACUUUGGGCUUCCAUCUACACAAAGUUUGUGAGUUUUGUAAAUAGCCUUUACGAUACAAUAACAUUUUUGGAACUACACAGUAUUUGGUCAACUCAAGGAAAACUGUCCAGGGUAUUUGCAUAUUAAGAUUGAUUUUGACGGUCCAAUGACCUCUAAAAAAAUGAGCAAAAAUACUGUUUGUCAUUGCACCAUUUAAUAUAACUAUUUCCUUUGUUUAGUUACCUCAUCAGUGCUAUAUAAAUGAGUUUGAUUGGUUGAAUACAGUAAUAUUUGAUUCUUAUAAUUUAUAUUUGCUAUUUUUUUAUGGAUUUUAGUUGAAACAAUCUAAAUUUUCUGCUGAUUUUCAGUCUUUAUUUUUUUGUCUGUGUUUGUUUUCAUAUACAGUAUAGCAGUUCAUCUAAAUGUUGUGUUACAGCCAUUUAGUGUUAAUGGAGGCAGAAAUAAUCUUUAUUUUUGGUGGUUUUUUUUUGCUUCCAUCAUCUGUCUUCAUUUAUAUUAUUUCUAUUUGACUUGUCAUUUUAAUGAGCUUUUAAUCUGUUCGUUGAUGAAAGGGUUAGAAAAAGUCAAUCUUACAAAAUUAUUAAAUUUUACAGACUUUUUAAGGACAUUUUUUGUAAAGAUAUUAGCAUUUUUAGUGUAUGUAAUUUGAUGUGAUGAUAGUUGCCUUCGAUUUUAUGCUCUAGGUGCUGUGACACAGUGGGAGAUAUCUGACUUUUAACAAGCAUUUUUUUAACAGCAUUUUGUAAGAUUGUACUAUUCUAAUUUAUAAGUGGUGACUAUCUCCUGUCUCCCUGGCUUUAAUGAUCAAAUGCUGUGAACCUCGUCAACAAUUAUCAAAUGUUCUGGUUGUGGAACUGUUAUACGUGCUAAUAUAUAAUAGUAAUUCCUGGCUUAUUUUCAUUCCCAUCUUAAAAGUGUGUGGAGGGGUGUCUAUUAAGCAAAACACCCUGUGAGUGAAGUGCGCAGGACUGUGUGUGGUAUUUAUUAAUGUUUAUUAUGAUGCUGUUGCAUUUCCAUCCUAAUUACAUUGAAAUCAAUUAUAGUUAUUAAUAACAAAGGGUGAAGUGCAUGGCCAUUUUUGUAAUCCUUGUUAAUCUUUGGAUUUUUAUCACUUUCAGAUAACUACUUUGUUUACAUUUUAACCUUUAUUAUAUUAUGUGGUUUGUAAAUAUUGGCCAUCUAUAUAUGUAAUAUGGUAGUAGAACAACAUAAAUUUGUAGUGCUGAUUACAGUGUAGUUAGUAAAAUGUGUAUUCUGCAAACUGAAA